AUGCAAGUGAUUUUUAAGGACUUCAAGAAGGAGAAGAUCCCGCUGGACGUGGAGUUGUCGGACUCUGUGCUGUCUGCAAAGGAGAAGCUCGCUUCUUUGAAAGAGUGCGAGGCUUCGCAGGUCAAGUUUGUGUACUCUGGUAAAGUGUUACAAGACGACAAGACAUUCGAGAACUUCAAGAUCAAGGAAAACGAUCAGGUGAUAUUCAUGAUCUCGAAACCGAAAAAGGCCCCUGUGUCAGCAGAACCCGCCAAACCUAAAGAAACUGCAACGGCCACAUCUACAGCUCCGGUGGCGGAACAGGCUCCUGUUGCACCAGCAGGCGGUGAGUCUGCCCCAGCACAGUUCGACGCUUCGACUUUUGCUUCCGGUAGUGUGAGAGAGACGGCUAUCCAGAAUAUCAUGGCAAUGGGUUUCGAAAGAGCCCAGGUUGAACAGGCCCUCACUGCUGCGUUCAACAACCCAGAUAGAGCUGUGGAAUACUUGCUUUCUGGCAUCCCGCAGAGAAGCGAGCCGCAGGCCGACAGCACGUCGAACCAGGAAUCUUCUGCUGAGCCUGAUGCUGCGGGCGAGGCCUCUGAAGAUGCGGCCGCCGCCUCCAACCCUGAUAAUUUAUUCGACGCGGCCGCUGCGGCAGGUACACAGGGAGCAGAGACAGAACAGAGUCAGGAGGGCGACUUUAUGACGUCUUUGAGAGAGAUCUUGCAACAGCAGCCGGAGAUGGCUGAGGCUGUUUUGCAGCAACUGGCUGCUUCCAACCCACAGCUUGCCGAGAUCGUGCAGUCGAACCCUGAGGCCUUUAUGAGAUACAUUACAGACGGAGACCAGAGCGCACUUGCCGAGGCCCUGGGUGUGCCUCCGGAGUACAUGGAGGGAGCCGAGGGCGAGGGCGAGCUUCCAGAAGGCGUGACCCAGAUCCAGAUCACUCCUGAAGAAAACGAGGCUAUCAACAGACUGUGUGAGCUCGGGUUCGAGAGAGACCUGGUGAUCCAGGUGUACUUUGCUUGUGACAAGAACGAGGAAAUGACGGCCAAUUUGCUCUUCAGCGACCACGCUGAAUGA